AUGGCUUUGGAUAAGCAUGAGCCUUCAACGUCAGGCCGCGUUGCAGCGAAUGUGGCCAUUUCCGACCUUGAUAAGACAAACCCGUCAACAGGGGAUGGGACCAUCUUCUAUCAGAGUGGCAACAUAGCUGUCAUUGUCUGUAAGCAGUCUGGCGGCCAGAUUAUAACGUUCUUCAGUGAUUCAAAAUCGUCGGAAAUCCUAGCCUCAUUCAACGCACAAGGAGUUGGGUUUGUUUACUAUCCAACGGGAAAGCCUUGCUGUGACAGCAUCAACCUCUGCGCAGCCUCGAUACUGCGCUCCAUCGGACCUAGGCCUCGCGCCUUGGUGCUGGGAAUUUGUACCCCCAUCCCCCGACGCGCUGCCCAGCACUUCCCCUUCCAGAGCCUAGCCUACUUCACGCACUACCCUUGCAGGCUUGUGGUCACAGAAGCAGGCUAUACGCUAUCCGACAAAAAGGGAAAUGUGGUGGAUCGAGGGAAAUUCCCCCGCACGAGCAAUGAGGCCAUCACCCCUCUCCCUCUCCGCGAUGAGGAACCUCCGCCCUUCCUUCUGCGGCCUCGUUCCACGAGCGAAAACCAUAGCCCGUACGUUUCCCUAACGCUCAGGUUGGAGGCAUCAGCGAAUCUGACGAUUCGGUUUACCAACCGACAGAACAUCGUGGCAGCAUUCCGAGCUGCGGACUGUGUACGGGAGUGGCAGUGCGGGGAGUCACCGCGGCGUGCAGAGGGGCCUUAUACCGCCAAGGUGGUGAGCAGCCAGCCAGGGGGCAAAUUGGAGCUGGAUGUGGCCGCCAUUCGGCAGCGGCAACAGACAUUGGGCAGUGUCUACGUGUCCCCCGGGCCCCACGCGGUGGAGACGGAGCGACCGGGUGUGGGCUCCCUGAAGAAAGCCCUUCGCCGCAUGGACCCCUCUUGCGCACUGGCCUCUACCGUCACCGACCUCAGGAAUCUGGACGCCCGCCUGGGCCAGAUUGACACGCUGGGGCUUAGCAGCACAAGCACUAGCAGCGUCUCGGGACUGGGUGGCUCGGGCCGGGUGCUGUACGGAACAGCUCGGUCGGCAUCUGCUGGGGCGUUAGCGGGGGGAGGAGGUGCAGGUGCGGGGGGAGGAGGAGCAGGGGGCGGGAGUUUGGCGGGCGGCAGCAGUUGUGGGCGGUUGGAGGAUUACGGGAGCCCGGAGCUGAGCAAGACGCAGCAGCGGUUUGCUAAUGCUUUGCGGCCGGUCGAGUUCAAGUAUAAGGCCAGGCGCAUGAAGCUGCCGUACAUGCGACUCCGAGACCUUGAGUCGCAGGUCCUUGGUCAGACGGCGCCCUCCGACACGCUCAUCGUGCUCUGUGUCUUGGCGGAUUGGAACCCGGUGUGCGCACGGGUGGAGGCGCAGAUUGAAGCGGCCCAUGGGCAGUUUGUGGAGGAAGGGGCGGCGCGGAGUGGCAGCGAGAGCGCUCGGAUAAAGAUAUACAAGGUGGAUGCCAGCGAGGGCAACACGUUGCAGGACAAGUACGGCUUCCGUACGGUUCCCAUGUUCCUCAUGUUCUUCGAGGGCAAGCUGGUCUUUGCGUCCAACAACGUGCGAACCGCUUCAGAGGCGCGGGACGCCGCACUGGCAGCCCUAACACGGGGCCGCAAACAGCAGUUCCUGUCGGAGAGCUUUAGGUUUAAUCCCGGAGCUGAUAACACUCUGCUGGAGUACAUAAGGCCCACCACGGUGCUCCGGGAGCUGUGA